AUGGCGCAUCCAGUCACAGCCAAGUAUGAUUGGAUUCUUGCAAUCACCACGAUUGCCUUCGUCUUCUCCGCUUUUGGAAACGGUGCCAACGAUGUCGCCAACGCCUAUGCUACCUCCGUCGCUGCUCGUACCUUGACCAUGGUCCAGGUCGGACCUCUUGCCGUCGUAACAGAAUUUAUCGGUGCUGUUGCGCUCGGAGCCCGUGUGACCUCGACCAUCAAGAAUGGUAUCAUCUCCAUCGAUCGCUUUACGGGCAACCCAGGUGCGCUCAUGUUGGCCAUGGGCUGUGCUGAGGUUGGUAGCGCUUUCUGGUUGAUGCUAGCUACGCAUCUGGGAAUGCCCGUGUCAACCACCCAAACCGUGGUUGGCGCUCUCAUCGGAGUUGGCUUCGCUAGUCAGGCCCCCAUCAAAUGGGCGUGGGAGUCGGGCUCAGUAUCACAGGUCGCUGCUUCAUGGGGCAUUGCACCUUUGAUUGCUGGUGCCUUUUCCGCCAUCAUCUUCGGCACCGUCAAGUACUCGGUUCUCGAACGCGCCGACCCUUUCAAGCACGCCAUGCGCCUCAUCCCCUUCUACUUCGCCAUGACAGGAGCUAUUCUAGCUCUGUUCAUUGUUGUCGAAGCACCUACUGCACCUUCCCUCGAAGAAUUUGGAGCUGGUAAGGCUGCUGGUAUCAUCCUGGGUGUAUUCUUUGGAUGCUUGAUUAUCUGCUACGUUUUCUUCAUCCCAUUCUUCAAGCGCAAGCUUGUUAUGAAGGAUCCUCGUGUCCGAGUCUGGCACGUCGUCCUGGGCCCCUUGCUCCUCAAGGAGAGCACCACUUUGUUCUGGCCAGGCAAGGGUAACGAAUACGUCACCAAUUACUACGAGGACGCCUACGGUGAAGUUCAUGCUGGAACUAACACGAAGCAUGCUGUCGCAACCCCCGCCAACGACGAUGAAAUUAAGAAAGUCGAUGCUGGAUCUCCAUCCGGUUCGGUGAACAACAGUGGCGUUCUUCCCAGCGACCCAGAAAAGACACGUCUGGAGGAGAGUGCUAGUGCGCCAGUACGAAAACUGAAGAAGCCAGAGCCUUACGAACGCUGGAUUGUUCCCGCUAAGCCUCUCUCAUGGGUCAACCCUCAGAAGUGGUGGUUAUACACCAAGUUCAUCUUCCUCCGAGGUGUCAUGUGCGACGUCAUUACACACGACAACGACCUUUUGCGCGCUAUUCACUCAAAGGCUACUAGAUAUGACGUUCGCGUCGAACAUCUGUGGACAUACUGCCAAGUCGUGUCCGCUAUGAUGAUGUCCAUCGCGCACGGCUCCAACGAUGUAGCCAACGCCGUCGGACCAUGGGCUGCUGUCUACCAGACAUACCUGGCUGGUGAGGUAGCUACACGCUCGCCUACCCCUGUGUGGUUCUUGGUAGUCGCCGGUCUCCUGCUCGGUCUUGGUUUCUGGUUCUACGGAUACCACAUCGUCCGUGCGCUUGGUAACAAGAUCACUCAGAUGUCGCCAACUCGUGGUUUCUCUGUCGAGCUGGGCGCUGCUGUCACUGUUCUCCUGGCUUCUAGACUUGGCCUUCCAGUAUCAACAACCCAGUGCUUAACAGGUUCGGCGGUUGGAGUCGCUUUGAUGAACUACGACCUUGGUGCUGUCAACUGGCGCCAACUGGCUUUCAUCUUCUCAGGAUGGGUUUUGACCCUACCCGUUGCCGGUCUUAUUUCAGGUCUUCUUUGCGUCAUGGCACUCAACGCCCCCAGCUUCUAA